CUCUGCCCUGUGCGAGAGGCUCCUCAACAUGAGCUACAGCCUCCACUUGACCUUCAUGUGUCUAAGUCUCUUUGCUCAAAGGAUGUGCGUCUGGGGGAAUCAGUUUAACAUCGAAGUCAGCAGACGUGACAAGCUUUCCCUACCUGGCUUUGACAACCUCACAGCAGGGUAUAAUAAAUUCCUCAGGCCCAGUUUUGGCGGAGAACCAGUUCAGAUAGCAGUGACUCUCGACAUUGCAAGCAUUUCUAGUAUCUCAGAGAGUAACAUGGACUACACAGCCACCAUAUACCUCCGACAGCGCUGGACAGACCCGCGGCUGCUCUUUGAAGGCAACAAGAGCUUCACCCUGGAUGCACGUCUUGUAGAGUUUCUCUGGGUCCCUGACACUUACAUCGUAGAAUCCAAAACAUCCUUCCUCCAUGAAGUCACCGUGGGAAACAGGCUCAUUCGCCUCUUCUCCAAUGGCACAGUCCUGUAUGCUCUCAGAAUCACAACAACUGUUGGAUGUAACAUGGAUCUGUCUAAAUACCCCAUGGACACACAGACAUGCAAGCUGCAGCUGGAAAGUUGGGGCUACGAUGGGAAUGAUGUGGAGUUUGUGUGGCUGAGAGGGAAUGACUCUGUGCGUGGGCUGGAAAACCUACGGCUGGCUCAGUACACCAUUCAGCGUUAUUUCACCUUAGUCACCCAGUCACAGCAGGAGACAGGAAAUUACACAAGAUUGGUCUUGCAAUUUGAACUUCGGAGGAAUGUCCUAUAUUUCAUUUUGGAAACCUAUGUUCCUUCUACUUUCCUGGUUGUAUUAUCCUGGGUCUCGUUUUGGAUUUCCCUCGAUUCAGUCCCUGCAAGAACCUGCAUUGGGGUGACCACUGUGUUGUCUAUGACCACACUGAUGAUUGGAUCUCGAACUUCUCUUCCCAACACCAACUGCUUCAUCAAGGCCAUCGACGUGUACCUGGGCAUCUGCUUCAGCUUUGUGUUUGGGGCCCUUCUGGAAUAUGCAGUUGCCCACUACAGCUCUUUGCAGAAGAUGGCAGCCAAAGACAAGGGACCAUCUAAGGAAGUAGAAGAAGUCAAUAUUACAAACAUCAUCAACAGCUCCAUCUCCAGCUUUAAACGGAAGAUCAGCUUUGCCAGUAUUGAAAUUUCCAGUGACAAAGUCGACUACAGUGACCUGACCAUGAAAACCAGUGAUAAGUUCAAGUUUGUCUUCAGAGAUAAAAUGGGCAGGAUUGUUGAUUAUUUCACAAUCCAAAACCCCAGCAAUGUUGACCGAUAUUCCAAACUACUAUUUCCUUUGAUUUUUAUGCUGGCAAAUGUAUUUUAUUGGGCAUACUACAUGUAUUUUUGAGACUCUAAUAUUGAGUUUUUGGCAUGCCACUGGUC